UUUGAAUUUUGUUAGACAACCGACCACCUUCCAUUACGUUAUCACCUGAAGUGAUAAGGGUUACCGCUGGUCAAAUGAUAAAAAUAAACGUCACAGUUACUGAUCUUGACAACGACCCAAUAACAAAGUUAAUGGUCAACGGACUUCCAGCACAGGGCGCAGUCUUUACAAACACAACUCCUACUGGCGUUCUUACCUGGACACCGCCUGUUAACUUAACGACACUCACUGUGACUUUUGUGGCUACAGAUUCCAAAGGUGCGGCAACUACUUCAAGUCCUUCCAUUCUCUACUGUGACUGUAAGAACAAUAAUACUUGUAAUUUUGAGACCAUUGAAGAGACUUACGCAAACAGCUCCGUACAACUGGUUGGAUGUAACUGCACAGAUCAGUACACAGGAGACCAAUGUGAGACGGAGGUCAACCCGUGUGACGAGGGUGCAUGUUAUGACAACGUCACGUGUACCGUGAUAAGGAAUCCAUUUGGUCGCAGAUGUGGACCCUGUCCUGCUGGUCUUGAAGGGGAUGGUAUAGUUUGCAACGAUUUUGACGAGUGUAUUAAUUCUUCGAGAAACAAUUGCACCGAAAUGAGUGAAAACUGUGUCAACACAAUUGGUAGCUUUAGAUGUGAUUGUAAACCUGGAUAUGUUCGAAAUGCAAAAACCAAGAAAUGUGACGAUGUUAAUGAGUGCAAUUCGCAAUUUGCGGACAAUUACAAAUGCAAGACCAAUACAGACUGCAAAAACACCAAUGGAAGUUACAGUUGCUCUUGUAAAAAAGGAUUUAAAGGAGAUCCACUCGUAGGAUGCUCAGAUAUCGAUGAGUGUAAUGGUGCAGACAGAAUAUGCUUCGGCUUAUGUGAAAAUUCAGUUGGUUCAUUCAACUGCUCAUGCUCUGCUGGAUACAAAUUGAAUACGGAAAACAAAACAUUAUUAUCAUGCGAAGAUAUCGACGAGUGCAAGUUUUCGACGGACAACAACUGCGAUCAAGUCUGCGUUGACAAUGAAGGAUCGUACAAUUGUACGUGCAAAUCCGGUUUUAAGCUUGGAAACGACGGCUCUUCGUGCGUAGUUAAGACUGAAAAUAAGUGUGAUAGCACAAAUGGCGGCUGCGAGAGACUGUGUACGAAUUCAUCUGGUACGGUGACAUGCCAUUGCCCACGUGGUUUCAACCUGUCAAGCGACGGUAAAAGUUGUAUGGAUGUGAACGAAUGUUUGACAAGCAAUGGUGGGUGCAGUCAAAACUGUACCAAUUACGAUGGGUCAUACAACUGCUCUUGUCGCAGUGGUUACAAGCUUAAAGGCGCGAGAAUGUGUGAAGGUUUGUAUUCACUCAAAUCACACUAUAGCCUGAAUAGUGGCUCCUCGUCCACAGGGAUCCCAAGAGGGCCGCUGCGCAGGCUAACUAUAAUAUAGAGCGAAUCUUCGAAGCCCUGUAGGAACCUGCUAUUUAGUUAGUUUGAUUGGUUGGCUUGACUAGUUUAGGUAGCCAAUUUGAUAUCGGCUGUCCUUACUAGGAUGACUGAGACUUGGCUAGUUGUUU